CCUUAUUCUAUAUUUUAAAUAAUUUACACUUUUUCCUUCCUUUUUUUAAUAGUAUAAAACAUGGCUGGAACCAGUGUAUCCUCUGAUUAUAAAGAGGAAAGAUAUGUUACGACAGAAACAGUCGAGACAUCUGAAAAGUUUCAAACCUCUGAAAAGGUCGAAUCCUCUGAAAAGGCCGAAGAAUUCUUUACAGAUCAACAUAUUCUUGAAGAUGCCGAGAAGCACACGUUUGAAGAAGCUGAAGCCAAGUUUGAUGAUUCCCCUAUUGAAGAAGUUGCUGCUAUUGUAUUAAACACUGAUGACUCAACUCUCCCUAUUUAUACCUUCCGUAUGUGGUUCUUAGGUAUCGUCUUCAGUUUGGUGCUUAGUUUUGUCAACCAAUUUUUCUGGUUCAGAAACAAUUCUUUAUCAGUUUCUCCUCUUGUUAUCCAAAUUAUCACUUACCCUCUCGGUAAAUUCAUGGCAAGAGUUAUUCCCAAGUCUAGAUUCUGGAAUCCUGGACCUUUUAACAUGAAGGAACAUGUUUUGAUUACCGUCAUGGCCAAUUGUAGUUACAGUACUGCUUAUGCUGUAGAUAUUGUUGUCAUCCAACGUAUUUUCUAUAAUCAAAACUUGGGUUAUGGUGGCGGUCUGUUAUUGAUUUGGACCACCCAGUUCUUAGGUUAUGGUAUGGCCGGUUUGCUUCGUCCUUACCUUGUAUACCCCGCUGAAAUGGUCUGGCCUGGUAACUUGUCAAAUAUUGCUCUUUUCCGUUCUUUCCACGAUCCUCAAAAAGCCACUGCUGGCCCUUCUCGUCUUCGUUGGUUCUCUUACUGUUUCGCCGGCAUGUUCGUCUACUACUGGCUCCCUGGUUACUUCUUCCAAGUAUUGACCUACUUCUCUUGGGUUUGCUAUAUUAAGCAAGAUAACCAAGUUUUGGCUCAACUUACCGGUGGUAACAAUGGUUUGGGUAUGUUUGCCCUCUCUUUUGAUUGGCUUACUUUCACCUCUUUCUUGGGUUCUCCUUUAGUUGUACCUUUCUGGGCCAUUGCUAAUAUUUGUUUUGGUUUUGUUUUGAUUGCUUGGGUCUGUGUUCCUAUUCUUUAUUACUCUAAUGUUUGGGACGCUAAGAGAUUCCCUAUCUUAACUGCUCAAUUGUUUAACGCCAAGGGUGAGAUCUGGGAUAACAGUCUUGUCUUGGAUGAGAACAGUAUCUUGGAUCCUGCCAAGUAUGAAAUCUAUGGUCCUCUUCGUAUGACCACCUUCUUUGCCUUCACCUACGGUAUUGGUUUUGCUGGUGUCACUAGUGUCUUAACUCAUUGUUUCUUAUACUACCGUAAGGAAAUUGUUAGACAAUUCAGAGAAUCUCGUAACAAAAACAAAAAUGAGGAUAUUCAUCAAAAGUUAAUGCGUGCUUAUCCCGAAGUUCCCCACUGGUGGUAUCUUGCUGUCUUCUUCAUUUCAUUCGGUGUUUCUUUUGCUGUUAUUUAUGUCUGGCCCAUUUACCUUCCUUGGUGGGGUCUUAUUCUCGCUGUUGCUUUGGCUGUCAUCUUCGUACUCCCCGUCGGUAUUAUUCAAUCUAUCACCAAUCAACAACCCGGUCUCAACGUUGUCACUGAAUUUAUUAUUGGUUAUGCCCUUCCUGGUCAUCCCAUUGCCAAUGUUACCUUUAAGACUUACGGUUAUAUUUCUCUUUACCAAUGUCUUGCAUUUGUUAGUGAUCUCAAGCUUGGUCAUUAUACCAAAAUCCCUCCUAAGGCUAUGUUCUGGACUCAGCUUGUCGGUACCGGUCUUGCCGGUCUUAUGAAUUUGAUUACUGCUAAUUGGAUUUUGGACACUGUUAAGGAUGUGUGUACCCCCGCAGGUCAUCCUUUCACUUGUCCUUCUGCCAAGACUUUCUAUUCCGCUUCUGUUAUCUGGGGUGCCAUCGGUCCUGAGAAAAUGUUCGGUCCUUCCUCUCCUUACUAUCCCACACUUUGGUUCUUCUUGAUUGGUUUACUUCUUCCUAUUCCCUUCUACUUCUACUCCAAGAGAUAUCCUAACAGUUGGGUCAAGUAUGUCCAUAUUCCCAUUAUCCUCAAUUCUACUGGUAUGAUGCCUCCUGCUGUUCCUCUUAAUUACUCCAUGUGGUUCGCCGCUGGUUUCAUCUUCAUGUUCUGGUUACGUAGAUACAGAUUUGAAUGGUGGAUCAAAUAUAACUACGUUACAUCUGCUGCUUUCGAUUCUGGUGUUGCUUUCAGUACCCUUAUUGUGUUUGCUGUGGUUGUCGGUUCAGGUUACACGCCUGACUGGUGGGGUAAUGGUAGUCAAGGUUCAAAUGCCUUAUUCGAUAAUUGUAACUUGGCUCUUAAUAACGGCUAUGGCGAGUGUGUCAUGUGCGAAUAGUUUAUUCCACCUUAUUUUUUCUUUUCUUUUACAAAACAUCCCUCUCACACACUUUUUAAUUUACUAAUAAUAUUAUACUAAUACCAAUAAAUUUUUAACCUUGCGUAAUUAACAAAU